AUGACAGUAUCUAACAUCUUUUCUGCUGUAUAUUUCCUCUCUUAUUUUGUGACAGAUUCCAUUGAAUGUCAAGAAUGCUAUCAAGAUUACUGGUCAAAUCCUCGGAGAGAUGAAUGUGUGAAGAAGGAAAUUGAAUAUUUGUCAUAUGAGGAAACUAUGGGAAUUUUGCUAACAGCUGUUUCUAUUACUGGUGUAUUUAUGACAAUGGUAAUAGCAAUCAUAUUCUUUAGACAUAAAAAUACCCCAAUUGUCAAAGCCAACAACUCUGAGCUGAGCUUCCUGCUGCUCUUUUCUCUGACUCUGUGUUUCCUCUGUUCACUUACUUUCAUUGGUCAGCCCUCUGAGUGGUCCUGUAUGCUGCGGCACACAGCGUUUGGGAUCACCUUCGUCAUCUGCAUCUCCUGUGUACUGGGAAAAACUAUAGUGGUGUUAAUGGCUUUCAGGGCUACACUUCCAGGCAGUAAUGUCAUGAAAUGGUUUGGGCCUCCGCAGCAGAGACUCAGUGUACUUUUUUUCACUCUCAUACAGGUCCUUAUAUGUGUGCUUUGGUUGACAAUAUCCCCUCCUUUCCCGUUUAGAAACCUAAAGAACUACAAGGAAAAAAUAAUCCUAGAAUGUCAUUUGGGCUCAAACGUGGGUUUCUGGGCUGUGCUGGGUUAUAUAGGUUUUUUGGCUCUGUUAUGUUUUCUUUUGGCUUUUCUGGCUCGGAAGUUGCCUGAUAACUUUAACGAAGCCAAAUUUAUCACAUUUAGUAUGCUGAUCUUCUGUGCAGUCUGGCUCACAUUUAUUCCGGCUUACGUCAGCUCUCCUGGAAAAUUCACUGUAGCUGUAGAGAUAUUUGCCAUUUUAGCAUCAAGCUUUGGCUUAUUAUUCUGCAUAUUUCUUCCAAAGUGUUACAUAAUAAUACUAAAACCUGAGAAGAAUACUAAAAAGCAACUCAUGGGCAAAGUUAUGUGA